AUGCACCCUUGGGACCCCUACACACCGGUCCCCCCCGGAUGCACCCUUGGGACCCCUACACACCGGUCCCCCCCGGAUGCACCCUUGGGACCCCUACACACCGGCCUCCCCCGGAUGCACCCUUGGGACCCCUACACACCGGCCUCCCCCGGAUGCACCCUUGGGACCCCUACACACCGGCCUCCCCCGGAUGCACCCUUGGGACCCCUACACACCGGCCUCCCCCGGAUGCACCCUUGGGACCCCUACACACCGGCCUCCCCCGGAUGCACCCUUGGGACCCCUACACACCGGCCUCCCCCGGAUGCACCCUUGGGACCCCUACACACCGGCCUCCCCCGGAUGCACCCUUGGGACCCCUACACACCGGCCUCCCCCGGAUGCACCCUUGGGACCCCUACACACCGGCCUCCCCCGGAUGCACCCUUGGGACCCCUACACACCGGCCUCCCCCGGAUGCACCCUUGGGACCCCUACACACCGGCCUCCCCCGGAUGCACCCUUGGGACCCCUACACACCGGCCUCCCCCGGAUGCACCCUUGGGACCCCUACACACCGGCCUCCCCCGGAUGCACCCUUGGGACCCCUACACACCGGCCUCCCCCGGAUGCACCCUUGGGACCCCUACACACCGGCCUCCCCCGGAUCCCUUGGGACCCGUACACACCGGUCGCCCCCGGAUGCACCCUUGGGACCCCUACACACCGGCCUCCCCCGGAUGCACCCUUGGGACCCCUACACACCGGUCCCCCCCGGAUGCACCCUUGGGACCCCUCGGUCUUUAG